CCUAUCACAACUUCUCACUUGUUUACACUCCACUCGUCCCUUUUGUGGCAAACCGAGUUUGGGCUCAUCACACUUGUUAUUUACCCCGACCCCUCUCUUUCGAUGGGCUCAUCCGACUCGGGUCUCGAAUCCAGAUCCACUCAUUGUCUCGUAGAUCCGUUACUUAUCUUUCUGGUUGACCGAUUUCCCUCGGUUCAAGGCCCUAGAAGCACCUACACUGCCGCUUCACGGAGCAGAGCGCCUAAGCUCUGA